AUGUCUUUCUCUUCCCCUUUUUCGGCGUGGCUUCGGCCACGCAAUCCGUUCCUUACCCUCCUGUCUCUCGUUCUUGUCACCUUGUCAUUCUCUAUUCACACUUCGUCCGCCAUCACGGUGCCCGUUCGACUCCCCGCGAGUCUCGGGUAUCAAGGCCGGUCAGCUGCUUGUCCCGCGCGAUGUGCCGUCUCGGGCCCUAACCCGGCCAACUGGUCCCUCUAUCACAACUUCGACCAACUCGCCUUGUGCGAUGAGUCUCUCUUUUACUCCUUCUCCUUUGUUGAUCCCGUCGAUGACCCGGACACUGCCCAUCGCAUCUACACCUGCACCUCUUUCGGCCCCGAUUGGGCCAAUCUGCCAGCCAACACAUCGAGCCUGGUCUCGCAGUCCGAAGGUGCCCCAGCCCCAGUGAAUGGCACAUAUCAGAUUGGAUCGUGGCCCUCCACUCCAGGCUCUUCGGUCUCAUCGUCUCUCGCCACCCUUACCAAGCAGUUCCGCCAAUAUUUGUCCAACGGAUUCGGCGCCGGAAAUCAUCCGACCAUUCUCUUCGCCAGCUAUGGCUCGACCUCGGUUGGGCUCUACAUUGGCCAAGGUCUGCAGAGCCAGGGCAUUGGGAACAUCGCGCUGGCAUACUUGGAGAACACCAUGGCAACAUCCAACACCAGCCUGUCGGCGAGUGUGGCCAUGCAAUUCUGCCAGCCGGGUCAAACUUCUCACCACGUGUUUGGCCUCAUGGCCACCGGCAAUGGAAUGUUUGCUACCGUGCAAGAUGCCCUCAGCUCGUGGUCCAAGGCCGAAUGCCUGGCCAUCCCGUCAGUCCAGAACGUCACGGGCACUGUGCCGCUAGCAACGCCAUUGUUGUCUUCCUCCACCAAGACCCUCAGCCCCAACUCCACCUCGACAUACGCCAAUGUGACCUCGAUUCGGGGCAGGGCCCUCGCCCCGCGGACCACUUGUUCUACUGUUCAGGUCGUCUCCGGUGAUAGCUGCAGUACCUUGGCGCAGAAAUGUGGAAUCACACCCGCUCAAUUCACCAAGUACAACCCCGAGUCGAACGAGUGCUCCUCUCUGACCCCGGGGGAGCACGUCUGCUGUUCGGCCGGCACGUUGCCCGACUUCGCUCCCAAGCCCCAGGCGAAUGGCACUUGUGCGACCUACACCAUCCAGCCCGAUGACAGCUGCUCCACGAUUGCCGCUACCUACAGCAUCACCGUGGAUGACAUCAACGAGUUCAACAACGACACCUGGGCUUGGAAUGGCUGCUCGUGCCUCUACCCUCAUAAUGUCAUCUGCAUCAGUACCGGCAAUCCCCCCAUGCCCGCCCCCGUCGCCAAUGCCAUUUGCGGGCCACAAGUGCCCGGUACCCCGACCCCUCCCAGUGGGACGAAUAUCUCCCUGCUCAACGAGUGCCCGCUGAAUGCGUGUUGCGAUGUCUGGGGUCAGUAUGGUACCACGGCCGGGUUCUGCACCAAGACCGGCACGGGGGCCCCUGGGACCGCCGCGAAUGGCACCAACGGCUGUAUCUCCAACUGUGGCACCAACAUCGUGCUCAGUAGCGCUCCGGUGACGUACCGGAGUAUUGGCUUCUAUGAAGGGUUCAACCUGCAGCGUCCCUGCCUCUACCAGGACAUCUCUCAGCUAGACAUCUCGGCUUACACCCACAUCUAUUUCUCUUUUGGCGUGCUCUCCUCCUCCUACGAGGUCCAGAUCCCUAACGUCACAACCACCUACGAGUUCAACCUGUUCAAAGAGCUCCAAGGCGUCAAACGCAUUCUGUCCAUUGGGGGGUGGGCAUUUUCUACCGACCCGAGCACGUACAUGAUUUUCCGCGAAGGCGUCACGGCCACCAACCGUCUGACCAUGGCCACCAACAUUGCCAACUUCAUAAAGGAUAACGAUCUCGAUGGUAUCAAUAUUGACUGGGAGUAUCCGGGGGCACCGGAUAUUCCUGGCAUCCCCGCGGCUAGUACUGAUGACGGGGACAACUAUCUCGCUUUCCUUGCUGUAUUGAGGAAUCUCCUCGGCGACAAAGAAAUUACGAUUGCGGCGCCGUCGUCCUAUUGGUAUCUGAAGGGCUUUCCAAUCAAGAAGAUGGCCCCGCUCCUGGACUACAUCAUCUACAUGACCUACGAUCUGCACGGACAGUGGGAUUCCAACAACCAAUGGUCCCAGCUUGGCUGCCCGACUGGCAACUGUUUACGUUCCGAUGUAAACCUUACCGAAACCAUCGGCGCUUUGGUCAUGAUUACCAAAGCAGGUGUCCCCUCCAACCAGGUCGUCGUCGGCGUGACUAGCUACGGACGCUCCUUCGCCAUGUCUGAAGCGGGCUGCUACGGGCCUCAAUGCACAUUCUUGGGUUCAGCCGAUGACUCGCAAGCGGCGCCGGGGCCUUGCACUCAAACGGCCGGAUACAUCGCCAAUGCCGAAAUCGAGGCCAUCCUGGCCAACUCGAGCCGGGUCACCCAGAGUUAUAUCGACCCCACUAGCAACACCAACAUCCUUGUUUACGACGAGACUCAAUGGGUCGGCUGGAUGAGUGAUGGGGUCAAGGCCUCACGGAAAUCGCUCUACAAGGGCCUCGCCAUGGGGGGAACCACCGAUUGGGCCACCGACCUGCAAAAGUACAAUGAUCCCCCUUUCAUCGCCAAGAGCUGGGAGGCCCUCAUUGACGACGUGGUCCUGGACAAAGACCCAUACGAAGAGGGGAACCGAACUGGCAACUGGACAUCCUUGACUUGUUCGGAUCCAGCCAUUCAGGAUGCCCUGUGGAUGCCAUGUGCCCAGCGCUGGGCGCAGCUGGACGCUUCCAACGCUUGGUCCGAUGCUAUCAACGUCUGGAAGAACAUUGAUAAGCCGAGAAUGAGUGGUGUCGAGAAGGAUUUCUCCAUUUCCAUCAUGAAUACUUUCCACGGCGGUGAAAACACGUAUUGUGGGAUAGUCGCUCCACGGGGCAGUUGUUUCACCUCGCAAACUUGCGGAUGGUUUCAAGGCUUCGGCCAGGGCACCGGGGAUUCGGGGGCCGCGGCGAUGGCGAUCUAUGAUUCCCUCACCGCGUACUCGCAAUUUCAUGCCGCCAUCGACGCUGUGGCUGGAACGUAUAUCGACACCCAGCUCCAGUACUUUGAGACCACCUUUUCCCCGGUGCCUCCAACUGAAAGCAACACGUGGCUGGAGAUCCUGCUCAACCUUGUAGGUCUCGGCAUCACGGCGGUUGCCGGGCCGUUUUUCGAUGACAUUUAUGAAAGUCUACCUGCUCUUGUUGGGGAUGCCAACACUGCCACCAGUCUCACCAGUGCCACGGUGGCAUACGGGGUCUCAAUUACUACCGAUGUACUCCCCACCGAUGCACCGGGCCAAUGGUCAGCCACUUCCCAGGAGAGUUUCACUGCCACUCUGGGGUCGGUCGUCUCUGGCUGGGCUGCAAUCGCCGAGAAUCAACUCUGGUAUUUGUUCAAUGGAUCCGAUGCCUCCAUCUCUCUCCUCACCAGCAUGAUUACCAAUGGCAAUCUCAUGGAGGGCAGCGGCGGCAGCCCAUCGGUAAGCCACAAGACCGACCCCCAGACCAACGCCAGGAUCGAGGGCUACAUCAGCAAGGCCUUCUUCGGCUUCGCCAUCCCAUCGGUCUGGGAGGUCUCGGGCACCGCCGCCUUUGUCCUGGACUCGGGCUAUGACUGCAGUGCGCAGAACCCUCUGACCGAGUACAUGACCAACGCCACCCAAGAAGCCACCUAUGCAUGCUACAAGGACAAACUGUACUACCUGGUCUAUCCCGAUGGCAAGUGGAGUGGUUGUACCGAUGAAGAAAUUGCGAAGAUCGAUUGCAACGAUUGUGGCGGCUCAACCUCAACCUGCGGGGACGAUGCUACCUAUUUUACUGCUCCCCCAGGCCUGAGCGACCUGGGCCCCGGCCUCUGGGGAAACAUUACGUUGGCCGAGCUAAUUGAAGGGUCUGUGAGAACAUACGAAGCCAACGGCAAUGCCAACGGAGGCCCCGUUGCCAACCCCAUGGACAAGGAUACUCUGCAUGAUCUUUCCAACCAAGACAUCACCACUCCCGGCUAUAUUCGCCUGCCAGUGUGCAGUGCCCAAGUCGCCUGGGCCUCGUGGUCCAACCCAUCCCAGUCCAACUCCAGCGCCCAGUACUAUCCCUGCAACCCGCUGCAAGGCAUCACCAAGUGUAGCGGCUACACCUACCAGGACGAGACCUCGUCGGCCUCCCCGAAGGUGUCCGACUGUCAAACCAUCAUCAAGAACAUCCAGGGCACCAACGGCGAGUGGACGACUGGUAUCGACCACCAACGUGACAUUGCCAAAUUUGGCACUUGCAAUUUUGGCGUCCAGAAUGUUGGUGUUACCGGAGACGUGACUUAUCAUACCGGCAGUCAGGAUAUUGUUAACAUCAUCACCGAGGCCAUCUCGAUGUACGCCUCGAACGGUCUGGUCGGGGCGAAAGGGUAUAUGAAAUGCGAUGGUAAUACAGGUAGCCAGAAGGUUGAGUGGGGUCUGUAUUAGUAUGGAUUGUUCUGAUCCACAUUGUAUGUAUAU